AUGCAUCGGCUUCGAUCAGCCGAGUGUUCUGAGAGCGAGCAUCUUGCAGAAAGGCUGCACAUCGAAGAAGAAGUUUUAUCCUUCGAAGUGAUGGAAGAGGAGGCUGCAAGCAUGCUUCAACACCGUUUGCAGCUACACCUCAAUGAAGCAAGCGAGCGACGCAAAGAGCUCACUGAGAACACCUUUGCGGCUUUGCAAAAGCUCUGUCAGCUGACGCAGCGAGCAGAGCACAGUGCACAGCAAGCGAACGAAGAAGCAGAACAGGAUGAGAAGAUGCAUCGACUUGCAGUGCAAGAGCUGGAUGCUUCUGCAGAGGCCUGCGAAAAGCUGCAACAUCUACGAUCCCUGGCUCUGCGGGAGGAGGUUGGACCGGUUGGCCAUUCAAAACUUGAUCGCGAAUCGUGUGAAUAUUUGGAGCAGUCCAGGUUAUGGCCGCAAGGAUGA